CCUGUCCGUGUCCAUAAUAGAGAGAAUUAAAAAAAAAAGAAAAAAGAAGAGGAUAUUGUCCGCUAAGAGGAAAGGACGUCUCGAUCGUGCUGUCGACGCUCCGCAUGCAGUGGCCGGGGUUCCUCCCGUGGGGUUCACGCUCCGAAACCUGUCAAAUACGUCAAAUCACGCGAGCGUGCAUCGCGCUCCGGCUGUUUACCGAUCGACUGCGCAGACACAGGGAGAUGAGGUCGAGCGCGAGGCGGCGCGAUUGGUCGUCACUUGUGUCAACAUGUGGCGCACUUAUUAACGCGCCUUCGUCCCGUCCCCAUCCUACCAAUCCAAUCCGACCGUGUGUGAUAUCCAAUUCACUCGCUCUAUUUAUUCGCCCAUCUAACUGUCUCGCGUACGUCUGUGACGCAAAAAAAAAUAUUGGGGGUAUCGAAACGUGCCGUCGAUAAUACGGCGUUCUGCAAUUUUUUUACAGGAGAGUGUUGUUCGUGUGUUUACGUAUGACUCGUAAGAUUGUUGAUGUUUUUACAUCAUGAAUUAUGUGCCGAGAUCAUACGUUUUUCGCUGCGAUACGGUUGCAAUUGCGUUUGCGUGCGAGCGGUAGAUAAAUUUUUGACGGGCAUUAUGACAUGACGCGCGCGUGUCAAGUCGAGUUAUGGAGUAAAUAUGUCAAAUUUGUGAAUAGUCCCCAUAUACUAUCGACAUAUAUAAAUUUUUAACGUUUUAAAAAAUGGCCCACGUCAAUCAAGGCCAGGGAAUCGGGGAGUCCGCGGACUUUUUGACGAAGUUUCACAAUAUUUCGAACAAACUGAAAAAACGAUUCCUAAGGAAGCCAAACGUCGCGGAGGCAUGCGAUCAAUUUAGUGCCUUAGCUACUGAAUGUGAACAGAAGGAAUUAUGGCAGUACGCAGGCUUGUGCUGGUUGGCAGCUGCAAGAUGCCAAGGAACCUUGGAAAAUGCCUCCUUGGAAAUAAAUCUUUUAGUAAAAGCAGGAAGGCAAUUCCUUACAGCUGAGAAGAAAGAUAACGAUAUAGGAUGUCCCUCUGUAGGCCAAGAGAACAUACAGGCGGCUGUGAGUUGUUUUGGUCAUUCCAUGGCUAGAUGCAGCAAUCAACCAGGAUUCAACACAAUUUCCGCGGGUUUGUCUGUAGAGUUGGCACUUGCAUUAGGCCCAGGUCCUGCUGGUGUCCAACAGCUGCGCAAAGCAAUCGAUAUCUUCCCUACGUCGAAAGCUAUCAAUACCUUAGUGUCCUUUCACAUAAGACAAGAAGAUUACGUAGCUGCACUACAAAUACUUAAUGAAUUUGUAGAAUUUGUAGAAGCAUGUGUCGUGGCUGGUGCCAGAGGAAAUUACAACGCUAUCUUACAUAGGUGCGAAGUGACGCGAGUACUUUUGUUGCUGAUUCUUCAGCCGUCACCCCAGAGAUUGACACCAUCUCUCGCCCAAGUUCUCGAAAAGUACGCGUGGGCGGAAGAAAAUAUGAACAACGGUCUUAAUAUGAGCGAGGAUGAAUUGUUAUUGCUGCAAUCCCUAGUAUUGGCAUGCCAAUCUCACGAUCAUCAAGCAGUGUUGGAACUCGAAAGCGAACUGUAUCCUUACUUCGAUAUGGAGCAAAAGGAACUGUUGCAUAAAUUGAUACAAGUAGUCUCGACGCAGUAAAUAUAUACAAUAGCGCUAUGAAAAUGAUA